UUUGCAUCAAACACAUCAUUAAUAGUAGUGACGGUUUUUUGUCGUGUUUCGCCGGCUGUUUUGUCAAAAUCUAUAUACAAAGGAUGACAGAUUCAUUUUCUUGCUUUGCAAUUUCCAAUUUUUAUUUCCUCUGCUGAUUAAAAAUUUUUGUUCUUUUUUUACUUUUGCAAAAUUUAUGUGAUUUUCUGUUCUGCGAAAAAAUAAAUUGUAUUAAUCAGAUUAAAGAAAAGUUUCUGCAGAUUUAUCCAGCGAUUAGAUGAUAUGUUCGAGGAGUUUCUAGAUUCAUCUCCUUCUCUCCCUUCUUAUCCUCUUUUUGUCUGUUUUUUCAGGCUUAACUUAAUUUCAGUGGAUUAUUAGUGUUGGUACAAGUCAUUAGUCUAAUUGAAAUGAAAGAAAUUUGAAUGAGACGAAAAAUCGAACUCUCUCGCGAUGGAAAAUUCUUAUAAGGUUAAUGGAAAUGGGCCAACUGAUAAUGGAUACUCUAUUUCUAGGCACUCACACUCUUAUCAACCUUCCAUGAAAGGUUCAUUACCUUGGCUAGACAUAAGGGUAUUUUAUGUAAGAGUUUGCAAGUGUGAGCUUGAUAAUUCCACUCCUGAGGUACUCACACUUAACCAUGUUCCUUUAAAUUCCGAUACCCUUCUCGAAGUUAAUGGUGUUCGUACUAGUAUAUAUUCCGACGGGAUUUCGACAAUUCUCAAAAGGGAUAGGGUAGAUAGAAAAUCAGAAGAAGUUACAUUUGUAAGCACUGAUAGCAUAAGGAUGAGUGGUAGUGUGAAGUUUGAGGUGUUUGAUAAAGAUAAUCUGCUUCUUUUCGGGGAUUUAGAAUUAUGUAACAGCAAUGGUUUUGUUAACGAAUCGAGUUAUAAUGGACAAAGUUGGAGCAUGAACUGUGAGUCAAACAUUAAUCCAGGCACAAAGUUCCUUAAGGAGAAGCAAUUGCUGUUGCCGGAUUCCACUCUUCCGACAGUUGAGGUCUACAUUGCGGGUUCCUUCUUUGGUACUCCGAUCAUUUUAACAAAGACGCUGCAUCUUAGUUCUCAGAAAAGACACACAAGGAAGGGGGCGUUGAAUGCAAUUCCAGAAAAUGAAGCAAAUGAAAAUGGGAAGGAUCCUUCUUCUGCGCUCGCGGCGUUACAGGCCCCAGAUUACAUGUACGACAAACACGAAGACGAGGAUUAUCACGGUCUAUACACAAGUACAGCAUAUGCUGACGGAGAAGACGGAGAACUUUCAUGGUUUAAUGCUGGUGUUAGGGUUGGUGUUGGUAUCGGACUCAGUGUUUGUCUUGGAAUCGGCAUUGGAGUUGGCCUGCUCGUUAAAACGUACCAAGGUGCGACCGGCCAGUUUAGAAGACGGCUAUUAUAAUCGACUCGAGCUCUCUUCAUUUUGUCUAUCUCCCGCUUGAUCCAAAGAAAACUAACCUUAGUUUUGUCCAUCUCCUCCAAUCUCCAUCUUGGUCCAAAGACAACAUGUUAAUGUUUUGUCCAUUGAGUGCAGGAUAUACAUAUAUAUAAUUUUGGCUUGUUUGUUGUAUGUAAUAUAGUUAAUUUUUUGGGCCAUUAUCUACCAGUUAUGAUGUCUGAGUGGAGCAUGAAGAAGUUUUAUUUUCCCAUAUAUUGAGGUGGUAAUAAUAUGAUUAAAGGAAGUUUAGUACUUUAUUCUUGAUUUUCCCAAUGGUCAUAAAUUCAUAAUAGUAAUCCAUCUUUUAAUAAAGCAGGGAGAAACUGGUCUCCCCAUAAAAGAUGUUUCAUUUAUAUCAUAUUA